CGAGUACGAGCGGAAGUCGCGUUUGUUGUUCUUCCUUCUGUUUCCGAGACGUUCAGGGUCUAAACGGGUUCAACAGCCGUGUCUGCAUGUCUCUACCAAUUCCCUCUAUAAAUCGUCUUCUACCGCUCCCGAAUGAAGAUUAACAGGUAUGCCAAAGGAAAAAUAUGAUCCUCCAGAUCCCCGCAGAUGUUACACCAUCAUGCCAGCGGAGGAGGCGGCCAGUGGGAAGAAGUCUUACUGGGCUGAGCUCGAGAUUUCUGGACGGGUGAGGAGUCUGAGCAGCUCGUUAUGGACGCUUACCCACCUGACGGCACUGCACAUCAACGACAACAACCUGAGCCGCAUCCCGCCAGACAUCGCCAAGCUGCCCAACCUGGUCUACCUGAACCUGUCGUCCAAUAAGCUCCGCAGCCUGCCCGCCGAACUGGGCAACAUGGUCUCUCUCAGGGAAUUGCUUUUAAACAACAAUCUUUUACGAGUUCUGCCUUAUGAACUUGGGAGGCUUUUCCAGUUACAAACCUUGGGGCUUAAAGGAAACCCUUUGUCCCAAGACAUCCUCAAUCUGUACCAGGAGCCGGACGGAACCAGAAAGCUUUUGAACUACAUGCUCGACAAUCUAGCAGUGCACCCAGAGCAGCUCCCCCAAAGACCUUGGAUCACUCUGAAAGAGCGAGACCAAAUGAGUUCCACAGCCGUGUUCACAGUCAUGUGCUACAACGUGCUGUGCGACAAGUACGCCACGCGACAGCUGUACGGCUACUGUCCAUCCUGGGCCCUCAACUGGGAGUACCGGAAGAAAGGCAUCAUGGAGGAAAUCACCAGCUGUGACGCUGACAUCAUCAGCCUGCAGGAGGUGGAGACAGAGCAGUACUACACUAUGUUUCUGGAAACACUAAAGGAGCGCGGCUACGACGGCUACUUCUGCCCAAAGUCUCGUGCCAAACUGGUUUCUGAACAGGAGAGGAAACACGUGGACGGCUGCGCUGUGUUCUUCAAGACCGAGAAGUUUACUUUGGUCCAAAAACACACUGUGGAGUUCAACCAGGUGGCCAUGGCCAACUCUGAGGGCUCAGAGGUCAUGCUGAACAGAGUGAUGACCAAAGACAACAUCGGGGUGGCCGUUCUGCUCGAGGUCAACAAGGACAUGUUCUCCAGUGGCAUGAAGCCAACACAGGAGAGGCAGCUGAUCCUGGUGGCCAACGCCCACAUGCACUGGGACCCUGAGUACUCGGACGUCAAGUUGAUUCAAACCAUGAUGUUCCUGUCGGAGCUGAAGAGCAUCGCUGAGAGGGCCUCGGGCUCCAUGGCGACCGGUUCGCCGACCUCCGACCCGUCCUCCAUCCCCAUCGUCCUGUGUGCUGACCUCAACUCGCUGCCCGACUCCGGUGUGGUGGAAUACCUGAGCAACGGAGGAGUGGCCGAGAACCACAAGGACUUCAAGGAGUUACGCUACAAUGAAUGUCUGACCAACUUCAGCUGCAACGGCAAGAAUGGCAAGAAUGGCAACUCAGAUGGGAGCAUCACACACAGCUUCCAGCUGAAGAGCGCCUACGACAGCAAUCUAAUGCCUUACACCAACUACACAUAUGACUUUAAGGGCGUUAUCGACUACAUCUUCUUCUCCAAGACCCACAUGAGUGUCCUGGGCCUGCUGGGACCGCUGGACAGCCAGUGGCUCAUCGACAACAACAUCACCGGCUGCCCCCACCCCCACGUCCCCUCGGACCACUUCUCCCUGCUGGCCCAGCUGGAGCUGCACCCUCCCCCGCCCCACUCGCUCAACCCCCUCAACGGGCUGCACCUGCCAGUCCACAGCAGCACUGCCCAUGAGACCAAGACGCUCAGAGAUUAACCCAGCGCCAUCAUCCAGCCAUCCAUUCAUCCAUCCAUCAAUUCAUCCCUCCAGUCCUUCCUGAACCAACUCCUGGGGAUGAAAUCACAAGGAAUCAUUGCUCACCUCAGACUGGUUUCUGUUUUUUUUGUUUGUUUGUUUGUUUGUUUGUUUUUUUAAAUCAAACAGCUCUUUUGUAUCCAUAACAUCAAGGACAAAUCAUUUCUGCCAGAUAUCUAAGAUGCACACUCUCACUUGUUAUUGCAGUUUUUCUCUGCAAAGAGUUUGCUGUAAACUUCACAGGAUUAUCACGACGAUCAUCGCAUGUGAUUUCUGAAUGUAAAAAUCCUGUUGUUGAAUAUCUGGCCAUGGUUUAUUUUUUUAAGUUAAUUCAGGCUGAUUUUACAAAUACGCUACAUGAGAUUUUUGGUGGCAUGAGGAUUAUCUGUUAAAGCAUUUAGCAUUCG